CGCCGCCCUCCAGGAGCGGGGCGGGACCGCGGGAGGCGCGCGGCGGCCCGAGCGCCGGCCGGGCCAUGACCCCCGCUGCUCUCUCUUGCAGGCUCGUCUCCGCGGCCCCCCGAGCCAGACCGCCGCCGCCACCACCAGCGCCCGGGCGGGCCUCCCGCGCCCCGGGCGCGGCUCCGCAGUGAGCCCACCAGGAAGGAAGCGGCCUGCAGAGGCGCCAGCAUGGGGCUUAAGAUGUCCUGCCUGAAAGGCUUUAAAAUGUGUGUCAGCAGCAGCAGCAGCAGCCACGAAGAGGCCCCCGUCCUGAACGACAAGCACCUGGAUGUGCCCGACAUCAUCAUCACGCCCCCCACCCCCACGGGCAUGAUGCUGCCGAGGGACUCGGGGAACACAGUCUGGUUGGAUGAGACAGGGUCGUGCCCGGAUGAUGGAGAACUCGACCCGGAAGCCUGAGGAGGUGUCGUGGAUUUGUCUGGUGGGCUCCUGCUGCGGGGUCCCAGCUUCAGGUGUCGGGGGGCGUGGCUGCCUGGAGCAGGUGUGCUGAAUACCCUGGAUGGGAACUGAGCGAAUCUGGUCUCCACUGGGAGAGAUGUGGCAGGACCAGCGAGGAAUCCAGGCUGCUUGCUUCCGAAACAGUGUUUCCCGACCCUGCUGAGUGGACUGGACCUCUGACACCUCCAGGGUCUUGCUGACUCCAGCCUGGUGCAAGGGAGCUCCAUGGUCCUGGCUGUUGGGGUCCCAGGGAGAGGCUCUCUUCAGGACAAACACACCUUCCCAGCCCCACGGGCUGUGCAAACACGUGCCCCUGCCAUAAGCACAAACAAGAACUUCUUGCAGGUGGAGUGGCUGUUUUUUAUAAGUUGUUGUACAGAUGUGGGAACAGUCCAAAAUGGGAUUUAUAAUUUCUUUUUUUGCAUUAUAAAUAAAGAUCCUCUGUAACAAAUGGUGAA